AUGGCUGUGGAAGAUUUGGUCGAGAUCAAAUUCAGGCUUGCUGAUGGCAGCGAUAUUGGACCCAGCAAGUUCAUUCCUUCUACGACGGUGGGAUCUCUCAAAGAAAAGAUAAUUGCGCUUUGGCCCAAAGAGAAAGAAAAUGGACCGAGGACUAUAAAUGAUCUUAAGCUCAUCAAUGCUGGAAGGAUACUGGAAAAUAACAAAACUCUGGCUGAAUCAAGACUUCCAGUUGCUGAAGUCCCUGGAGGUGUCAUCACCAUGCAUGUUGUUGUUCGUCCUCCUUUAUCUGAGAAGAACACUGAUAAACCACAGGAUGAUGCUGCCAAGAAAGGCGGUUGUGGAUGCACGAUCCUAUAG